AUGCCACCUUACUCAAGCAUCCAGAAGCAGCAGAUUGCUGAAUUUGGCGUUUUGACGAAGAGCAGGGAUAGUGUGGCAACUAAGUUCUUGAAAGCAAGCGGAUGGAAUCUGCCGCAGGCCAUUGAUGCGUACUUCACUGUCGAGGCUGGCAGUAAUUCAAACCACGUUUCAGACCUCACCAAGAUCUUUGACAGCUACCAAGAUGACUCUGCCGAAAACCCAGAUACCAUCGGUAUCCAACGAGCCAUGGAUUUCCUAGGCGAUAUCGGCGUUCAGCUGGACGAAGUGACCUGUCUCGCCAUUGCGGAGCUCCUCAAAUCCCCAUCAAUGGGCGAGUUCACCCGCAAUGAGUUCAAGCGCGGAUGGGCAAUUCUCGGAUGUGACACAAUUGGCAGGAUGACUGAAGAGGCCAACAAAAUCCGGGAGAGGAUCCCUAAAGACCCGGAGUUGUUCCGCCGUGUCUACAGAUACACAUUCCUGCUAUCAAGGAUGCAAGGGCAACGCAACCUCCAAUUUGAAAUUGCUGCUGAUCAAUGGAACCUCUUCUUCACCACUGACCACGGUGGUGUGGCAUGGAACACGGCGACGACACCCUGGCUGGAUUGGUGGAUUGAGUUCCUUGAGGGCCGUGGGAAGAAGCCUGUCAAUAAGGAUCUGUGGGAGCAGGUGGAGGUGUUUAUGCGGAAGAGUCUGGAGGAUGAGGAAAUGGGGUGGUGGAGUGCCGAUGGGGCCUGGCCAGGGGCGCUGGAUGACUUUGUUGCCUUCGUCCAGGCCAAGAGGGGCAAGGACUCUGAGAUGGAUGUCGAGUAG